GGGGCAGAAUAGUGGAGUUGGCGGCAGAGGCGGAUUGCUCCCUCUGAGCCCUUUGUCUGGUAAAGGGCGGGCUUCCCACUGGAGCAUUUCCGCCUCCCGCUCUCGGAACAGCGUCUGCCUCCCCCUGAGGGGGAGGAUGGUGUUCUUCUGGCAUCCUAGAGGGGUUAUACGGGGGAGGAAAAAUUAAUUCUUCUUCAGUACCCCCCUGUAGGACAGGGUAGAGGGGUGCUGAAGGCUGGGUAAGACUUUUCCUCUUCUCUGUCUCCUGCAAAGCAAGAAUGGGUUUUGGCUCCGGAGGGAGCGGGGCUAGGAAGGGCUUAAGCCAAGAGGGUGGGUCUUCUACAAGGUCCUGCCAAGUGAUAAUGUAAGGGAGCUGAUCAAGAUGGCCCGUCUUAGGCUGAGAGAUGAUACUCCUGACUCGGUGGAUGGUAGGGAGGUCAAAGGUCCCCUCUGGUGGCCAUCCGACAUUGAAAGUUGGCCACUCGCUAGAACAAAAAAAACUGCAACCGACCCUUUCGGACUUCCACACUGAGGUUGUUAGCUCUUCCCCUCACAUCCUUAAAGUGAUCAAUCAUAAUAGUUAGAGGAGUAGUCUGAGUCUGUCCCAUAACGUCCGUCCAGUAAGUCCACAGAACAAAACAGAGAAACACAAAAACAGACAAACAGAGGGCCCCUAGAAAGUCUUCCAACUCCAUGGAAGCAAAACUGAGAGCUAGCUUAGACAUUUGAGGGGAUUCCACGUCCCUCCAAAACCAAUGAGGGGAUUCCACGUCCCUCCAAAGACGACAGCCUCAUGCCAACCAGCGGGAGCGACCCGCCUCGUCUCAGACCUUUGAGGGGAUUCCACGUCCCUCCAGAAGGGAGGAUCGGAAUGUCUUCCGAAACUCCCGGCCCGUGGUCCUCCAGUGCGUCCACUUAGACCGCAUCGGGCACUACCAGAAUUCCAGAAAUGAGCUCACACAGAAAAGACAGAACAAACAGACACUAACCGUGGCCAGUCAGGCUCUCCGGGUCGGGGGUCCCUCGGGGGUCUUGGGGAUCCCAGACAAGCCCCCAAAUGUUAUGCCCAGAAUUCGUGAUCCCCAAAUACCGCCAGGGAGCCGAGUCCGAUGCAAAAGCAAAGAGCCUUUAUUCGAGCUAGCUCGAGCUCAAUCCCCUACCUGCACCGAUGCAGCGUACCUUGGGUGACAGAAAGAAGCUGCAUAAUUAUAUCCAGCAACUGAAGGAAAUUCAUGUUGAUGCAAUGAAGGUAAUUAAUGAUCCUAUCCAUGGCCACAUUGAACUCCACCCUCUCCUCAUCCGAAUCAUCGACACACCUCAAUUUCAGCGGCUUCGAUAUAUUAAACAGUUGGGUGGCAGUUACUAUAUUUUUCCAGGCGCUUCGCACAACCGAUUUGAGCACAGUCUAGGCGUAGGGUAUCUAGCGGGAUGUCUUGUUCGUGCACUGCGUGAAAAACAACCAGAGCUGCAGAUAAGUGAACGGGAUGUGCUCUGUGUUCAGAUUGCUGGCCUUUGUCAUGAUCUCGGUCAUGGGCCAUUUUCUCAUAUGUUUGAUGGAAGAUUUAUUCCACUUGCUCGCCCAGAUGUGGAAUGGACGCAUGAACAGGGCUCAGUGAAGAUGUUUGAGCACCUAGUUAAUUCUAAUGGACUCAAAGCUGUCAUGGAACAUUACGGUCUCAUCCCUGAAGAAGAUAUUUGCUUUAUCAAGGAACAGAUUACAGGACCACUUGAAUCACCAAUCAAAGAUUCUGUGUGGCCAUACAAAGGGCGUCCUAAAGAGAAAAGCUUCCUUUAUGAGAUAGUGGCCAAUAAAAGAAAUGGCAUUGAUGUGGACAAAUGGGAUUAUUUUGCCAGGGACUGCCAUCAUCUUGGAAUCCAAAAUAAUUUUGAUUACCAGCGGUUUAUUAAAUUUGCCCGUGUUUGUGAAGUAGAUGAUAGGAAGCGUAUUUGUACUAGAGAUAAGGAGGUUGGGAAUCUGUAUGACAUGUUCCAUACCCGUACCUCUUUGCACCGCAGAGCUUAUCAACACAAAGUUGGCAACAUCAUUGAUACAAUGAUUACAGAUGCUUUCCUCAAAGCAGACCCCUACAUAGAAAUUGUAGGUGCUGAAGGAAAAAAGUAUCACAUUUCUACGGCAAUUGAUGACAUGGAUGCCUUCACUAAGCUCACAGAUAACAUUUUCCUGGAGAUUUUGUAUUCUUCUGAUCCCAAACUGGAUGCAGCACGAGAAAUUUUAAAAAAAAUUGAAUGCCGUAAUCUAUACAAGUAUGUGGGUGAGACUAAACCAAAGGGAACAACAAAAAUUGAAAAGGAAAAUUAUAAAAGACUUCCAGAAGAUCUUGCUGGUUCUAAACCUACGGACAUCUUGAUAGAAACUGAACUAAAGGCUGAAGACUUCAUAGUGGAUGUUAUCAACAUGGAUUAUGGAAUGGAAGACAAGAAUCCUAUUGAUCAUGUUCGCUUCUAUUGUAAGAGUGACCUCAGCAAAGCAGUCAGGAUUACUAAAGAUCAGGUUUCAGAGCUUUUGCCAGAGAGGUUUGCAGAGCAGCUAAUUCGCGUAUACUGCAAGAAGACUGAUGAAAAGAGCUUGUUUGCUGCACACCAGUACUUUGUUCAUUGGUGCUUAAUCAGAAACUUCACCAAGCCACAGGAUAGUGAUGUUGUGGCCCCACUUAUAACACCUCGAAAAGAGGAGUGGAAGAACGCGGAUUCAGCCCAGAGCCCAGAUCACUUACAAAAAGUGUCCAAAUUUAAAACCCGGCUUUUUCCAGAUGACUCUGUGUGAAUGUUUGCAACCGAUAGUUUACAUAAAGUCCUCUUCCCCAUCCCCCAACAGUAUUAGCUAAUUUAGGAAGUUCGGUCAUGAACUCUACAAAUUUGUGACGAGUGCUUUUUACAUUUUGAAUGUACACCCAUGCUGAAGCUAAGUAAUUUUUAUCCGAAGAAACAAAAAGGUGUUAGACAGCUCUGGCUGUACAUGCUAUAUGGAAAGCAUGACCUUGCCUAUUUUAACAUUAACUAAAGCCUCUCUUCUUUGUAGUCUAUUCUCUUAGAAUAAUAUUUUUUUAUGUACUCUGAACUCUUAUGACAUAAUGAUUGUUUUUUUGGUUUUUUUUUAAAGUUUGGAAAUGAGAUAAAGUGCACAUUGAAGUAUGAAGUUGGGAUUGUCAUAAACAGCCAAGGUUAAGAACAAAACAUAAAAUCCUAGCCCCUUGAGGAGGUACCCAUCACCUUGAAUUUGAGGAAAAUUCUUCUUAAGUGAUCUAAAUAUUAGUGAAAGACCUUCCCUCACCCUUUUAGCCAGGUUGGACUAGACAGUAGAUGAGGGUGACAAGUGAGUUCCACCUCUUGGGUGAGAGUCCUGAUUAAUUUAUUAGAAAUAUCUGAGGGCUCUGGCCCCCUCUGAAAUGGGACAUAAGACUGCCUCUCAGGAGACCCCUACCCCUAGUGGCAGAGGGAUUCCCCCAAACCAGGCUGUUCUCUGGGUCAGUUGCAUGCAGCUCCAGACCCGGGCAGUUUCUUCGUCCUGAUUACUCACUACCGAUGUCCCGAGGUCUUUUUCACGAUCACUGCUCAGCCUGGAAAAGGCUCCCCUCCGGCCUUCUCUCUGAAUUUCCCUUGUGAGCUGAUCAAAGGUUGUCACAGGAGCCUUUCUGAGGGCUACUCAGAGCUGGGACUUUGUUGUUGCUGGCUCAAUGUGCAUGUUACGAAUUUCAGAGCAAAGACUGAGCUGCUUGGGAUGAGAUGAGUGAUUAUCCCCAGAAUUCCAGGUCCCCCUUUGUAGCCCAGUAUACCCCACGCUCGUUCUUUACCUCCUGUGCACCACUGUGGUUGAGUGAGUCUGUGCAGAGGGCACCCAUCCCCACCUCCAUAUACACACAAUUGCCAGUUCUGCAGAAAUUCACCAGGAGUAAAAUCUGGAGUUAGAGCCAAUGCUGGUGGUAGCCAGAGGGUCCUGUAGAUGCAGGGCAGUGGGGAAUGGGAGUCAAAGUCCUUAACAUCUUAUGCUAUGACACUCCCUUACAAAAGCCUCCAUGGCAGCCUGGGAUUGGGGGGCCAGCCCUGGCUCCGGGCAAGAGUACAGCACUUAGAGUGCUGUAACCUUCCGCUCUGUAACCAGGUUCUGUUCUGUUGACCCUAGGGUGAAAAGUAUUAGGAAUGUCUGCCAUUCUGUAUUACCACCACCACCCUCCUCCACCCCCCAGCAGAUGAUCAGGAGUUGACCCUCAUUCAUAGGAGAAUAAUUAAAACCCUUCCCACCUCCUCCACCACAGUGCUGUGUAGGUGGGGAUAUGCGGACAUGUGGGCUCCUAGAAGCACAAGUGAAAUCAGCCCUGGUACUGGGUCACAUCUGUUUUGGCCAAGGUACCCCUAAAACAUUCAGUAGGGGAGAACUAUAGGGCUCAGACUUAGUGUAUCCAGAUCCAAGGUCAAGAAUGUAAUGUUUUUCUGCUAAGAUUGUUUUAUUUCUGCAACUCUUACCUUUAAAUCAUUGUGGUUUACUCUGGAAUUUUUUAGUUUCAAUAUUGUAUCAUUUUGCUGAGAAAUAACUUGAAUCUAUUUUGUUUGCAUCCUUUACAUAUAAAUCAGCUGCACUUUAUGCUCUUUGCAACUGUUUUAAUUAUCAUAACCAUGUGCCAUUUACAAGGCUAAAUUUUUCUUAAGAAGCGCCUUCACUAUUUGUAUAAAAACUGAGGUUUUAACAACUUAACCUCUAGAGUUACUGAACUUUUGUCACCUUGAGAAUGUUAAGUAAGAACUGCAAGUUUAAAUGACUGGUUACUUCAUUUGGGUGAGGGAAACAGAUGCAAUAAAGCUUCACGAAUGUAUCUU